CCUCUGUUCUAAUCCCAUCUUCACCCGUCGAGCGGCCAGUGCGACCGUUUUUAUUGCUACCGCUGCACCGCUAUUGUCCUUAGAAAAUUUGAAAUCAGAAAUUUAUAAGUUUCGUUAACUGCAUUUAUUCAAUUUAUUUCCGUCCACCAUGAGCAUGCUGAACAUCGAGGGUACGACGUUCAACGUCCUCCGCAAGGCCUUCGACGGCUUCGACCACAACCGCUCGGGCAGCAUCCCAUGUGACUUCGUCGCGGACAUUCUCCGGAUGAUGGGGCAGCCCUUUAACAAAAAAAUCCUUGAAGAACUCAUCGAGGAAGUCGAUGCCGACAAAUCUGGCCGUCUAGAGUUUCCCGAGUUCGUAACUUUGGCUGCCAAGUUCAUUGUUGAAGAGGAUGCAGAAGCCAUGCAAAAAGAGCUCCGCGAAGCAUUUAGGUUAUACGACAAGGAAGGCAACGGAUACAUUCCCACAUCGAGCCUGCGCGAGAUCCUGCGCGAGCUAGACGAGCAGCUCACAGACGAAGAGCUAGACGGCCUUAUCCAGGAGAUUGACACCGACGGUAGCGGCACCGUUGACUUCGAUGAGUUCAUGGAGAUGAUGACCGGAGAAUAAACAC